AGCUGAUUGCUGGAUGUGAGCAGCUUGUGAGAGGCGCCGCUUAAACAUCGGCUACGGCAGUGUAAGGCGACUCGCGAUUUCCCAAGCCACCUCAGCUUAAGCUUUCAACAUCAACCAACCUUGUCGCCCAUCAAACAACUCCUCGUCCAUCGUCCGCCGCGCCUCAAUCUCUCUCUCAGCAUCGCAUACCGUCAUCUCAAACCGAAUCUCUGGAUUCCUCUCCAUACCGCCACAGACAAGAGACUGAGAUCCAGCCGCAACUCAACCUCACUGAAGGAACCCAGCACGAGCUGCAUUAGCCUCACAUCACGCAGGACGGGCACCUGCUAUGGGACUAGCAGCCGAUUCCAAGGGACUUCAGCACUCAUAACUACCCACCUUCGCCAUCUAUAUCUCUCAGCGCCGACUCUCUCAUCACCAUGUCGAAUCAGGCGCCGGCCCAGGGCACAGGCGCGGCUGGCUCUUAUGCAGGGCAGCCAGCAACGUCACCGGCCGGUCCGCCUGCUGCCGCCACGACUGCAACAACCGCGACUGGGGGUGCAAUGUCGAAUCAGAACCUCAACCAAAUUGUGACGGACUACUUGCUCAAAAGAGGGUUCAAUAGGACAGAAGAAGUUUUCCGUCAAGAAUCGAAACAUCUGGGCAGUGACGGCAAGCCAGUCCAGCAACUAGCCAUCCUGGGCCCGAAGAAGUACGCAAGAGCGUUCCGACUAUUGAAGGACUGGGUCGAAAACAACCUCGAGAUCUACAAGUUUGAGCUCUCAAAGCUUCUCUGGCCGACAUUUGUCUACUCCUUCAUCGAGUUGGUCGGAAAUGGAUACACGGAAGAGGGCAAGUCAUUUCUCAAGGAGAUUGGUCAGCAUUUCCAAGCGACGCACGCAGACGAUCUGAAGACGUUCUCAUUAAUCACGCUCCCGCAACAUGUCAACGAAAACUCCGUGACCAAGCUGUACAAGGAGAACAAAUACCGCAUCCCCUUGAACCAACACGCCACCGGCGACCUCUUCAACUUUCUUGAGCGCGAGUCUGACCAAGGCGGAUCUGUCAUCCGACAGCUACUGGUCACAUAUUGCCAGAUUGACUCCACAGCUCGCGGACCUAUCACGCCCUUUAGCUUUGAGGCCGUCUUCAGGAGGAGUAAGAAUCUAGAACUUGAGGAUGUGGACGCAAAGGAAGGCAUUCCGGGUGUCAACAUCGGCUUGUCUAACAAGGACAUUCUGGACCCUGCUGCGCCUCUCAGCCUUGGCCCUCUGCCUAUGGACCCAGAUCUUCGCGAUGACCUUCGAGCCGAAAUUGAAGACGAGGAGCGACGGAAUCCUCCGGGCGGCCCCAGCCUGAUAGAGGAGCUUGACCAGAAAAUUAAGAGGGAGGAGAGCGCAGACGCUCCAAGUCGAUCCGAUUUACCAUUGCCGCCAUCUCGCCCACGAGACAUCAUGUUGGAGAUGCAAAAGUUGCGGGAAAAUAGGGACCGGUUCAAGAUCGAGGGACGGACUGGUGGCGUGGGCGUGCCUGUGAGCGCUUGCAUGUUUACCUUUCACAACACACUUGGGAGCGUAUCCUGCUUGGAGUUCUCCGACGAUGGACAGCUCGCUGCCGUGGGCACUACUGAAUCCUAUAUUCGCGUCUGGUCUCUAGAUGGCUCUGCACUGCCAAGUUCAAACGCUCACGAGAAGGGCGCCAAGUUCAACAGUCGGAAACUGAUCGGACAUUUUGGGCCCGUAUACGACAUUUCGUUUUCCGAUUCAGCUUCCGGGCCUCCGCAGAAACUGUUUGGUGACGAAGGCCGGCAGAAUCCGGCGAUCGACGGGCGGCCGAAGCUGCUGCUGUCAUGUUCCGCGGAUGGACAGAUCCGGCUCUGGUCUCUCGAGUCUUGGACAUGUCUAUGCGUGUACAAGUCGCACGAUGGACCCGUCUACAGGGCACAGUGGAGUCCCCACGGGCAUUACUUCUUGAGCGGCGGCUACGACAAGGUUGUUCGGGUUUGGAUGCAGGACCAUGCCUCGCCCCAACGGCUGCUGGUCGGGCACGACACAUCCAUCUCGGCUAUCGCAUGGCAUCCCAACGGCAUGUACGUCUUUUCGGCGUCUGACGAGACAGACAAGACAGUCCGCAUGUGGUCGGUUGUGACGGGAGCCUGCGUCCGAGUGUUUACAGGGCAUACCGAGCACAUCAGCGCACUGCGAUGUGCCCCCAACGGCAAGAUUCUGGCCAGCGCAGACAUUGCUGGCAACAUUUUCUUCUGGGACCUCGUCAAGGGGACUCGCAUCAAGCGGUCCCGCGGCCACGGCAAGGGAGGCAUCUGGUCGCUCAGCUUCAGCGUCGAGUCAAACAUUCUUGCCUCUGGAGGCCAAGAUGGCACGGUUCGGUUGUGGGACGUCGAGUCGCCAGCGGACCCUCACAAGGCUGCUCAGCAAAAUGGCCUCGAGGCUGCCGCUGCUGGCACUGAAUUGGCCAUAUCCGGCGCCAACGGAGAAACAUCAAGGUUGAACACGGCUUCGGGACAGCCGACCAGCACGGGAACAACCACGGGCGCCAAAAAGAAGAGCAAGGAGGUGAUGAUUACUCCUGAUCAGAUCUCUUGCUUCCCCACAAAGAAGACGCCUGUGAUCAAUGUCAAGUUCACUCGGAUGAACCUUGUCAUGGCCGGUGGAUGCUACGACCCUGAGCGAUAAGGA